CAUCAUCAUCAUCACCAUCAUAAUCAAUCCUCGAUUCCUCUUCCAGUGAGUUACAGUCUCAUUUACAGAAUCGAUAUCCGUUUUCCUUGUCAAUCUUUCUAAAAAUCUAAACCCAUUUUCAGAACAGAGAGAAAAAACCAAUAGAGAAGGUAAUUCUCUCUUUCUGAAAAAGGGUUUAAAGGAUAUACAAAUUUUCAUUUUCUGAAAAAGGGUUUUCCUUGUUUUUGGAUUACAGCUGCAAUUGAAGGAAAGAAGCGUUUAGAUUCAUGGAAGAGUUGAGAGGGGACUGUAAGAAGUCUUCUCCUCCAAAUGCACCUCCGUUGCCUGAACCUCGGAGUAGAAUUUCUAGUCAGAAGGGUUUGGCGUUGGAUGGAAAACCAUUGAGGGGAUGCAGCUAUGUGGCAACAACCACUAAAGGUUUAUGGGAACGCAUGUUUCAUGAAGGUUACAGAACAGAUGUUACUAUCAAUACUGAUAAUGGUGGUGUCAUUUACGCGCACGCUAGUAUUCUUGGAAUUGCUUCUCCAGUAAUGAAGUAUAUGCUAAAGCAAUCAAAAAGCCGUGGUCGUCGGAAAUCAAUAUCUGUCAGGGGUGUUCCUCAUCAAGCAGUUCGAGCCUUUAUCCGUUUUUUGUACUCUUCCUGCUAUGAGCAAGAGGAGAUGAAUGAAUUCAUUCUGCCUUUAUUGGUGUUGUCACAUGUUUUUGUGGUUCCACCAUUGAAGCGAGAAUGCGAGCGGCAACUUGAGAAUGGCUUACUCACCACAGAUAAUGUAAUUGACAUAUUUCAACUUUCUCUCCUCUGUGAUGCACCCCGCCUCUCCCUUUUCUGUCACCGUUUGAUUGCCAAGAGUUUCUUAGUUAUCUCCUCCACCGAAGGAUGGAAAGUGAUGAAGCAAAGCCAUCCCAUGCUAGAAAAGGAACUUCUAGAGUCUGUGAUCGACGCUGAUACAAGGAAACAAGACAGAUUAAAGAAAUUGGAUCAGAGGAAGAUAUAUUUACAACUGUACGAAGCUAUGGAGGCGCUAGUUCAUAUAUGUAGAGACGGUUGUAGGACAAUAGGUCCCCAUGACAAAGUUCUCAAAGAGAACCAACCACCUUGUAAUUUCGGUGCUUGCAAGGGGCUUGAGACGCUUGUGAGGCAUUUCGCAGGUUGCAAGCUUAGAGUCCCAGGAGGCUGUGUUCAUUGCAAAAGAAUGUGGCAGCUCUUAGAACUACACUCUCGUCUCUGUAGUGAACCAAACGAGUGCAAGGUUCCGUUAUGCAGGACUUUCAAGGAGAGAUUACAACAGCAAAGUAAGAAAGAUGAGGUCAAGUGGAAGUUAUUGGUGCAGAAUAUUUUGAGAGCAAAGAAAUUAUCUGGACCUUCAUUCUUUCGAUCAGAAACUGACAUUUGUGCCUGACACGAGUGUGCCUCUCCUGUAACCAGGUCUCAGAAUUUACAUACGACUGUCAUGUCUUAGGCUUGUAAAAAUCCUGGCAGAAGCCGGGUGGUGUUUCCUGUAUAUCCCUAAAAAUAUAUGAAGCAGAAUAUCAAUUCUCAACUCUUUCUUUAUGGAAUCA